AUUUAUUCUUGCUAGAAUGGCAAAUCUACUUUUGACCAAUGAAUAUAGUAUUGGCUGUUUAUUUUACUUUAAUAGUACCUUAAGGGUUACUCUAAAUAAACUAACCACUACAGCUGGUUGUGUAGCCUAUUGCAUUUUUUCAUUGGGGCUUCUAAAACUUAUUUCAAAAGCUGCAGUUAUCUUGUCUGCAGCCGAUUAGCACAGAGCAGCUUUAACGCAGAGCAUCAGCGGCAAUCCAAGCGAGGUCCAAACACCGACCAUCAUGUCCCUAGAGCUGGAGGAAAACAUUCCCACCACUGAGGAGGAAGAUGAAGAGGAAGAGGAGGAGGAGGAAGGAGAAGAUGCAACUCCAUCCAAGAGAGCUCCCAGCAAGAGGAACAAAGGGGCCGCAGUCACACCUGCCAAGAAAAAGAGCAAAAAGAAGAAGAACCAGCCUGGAAGGUACAGCCAGCUAGUGGUGGACACUAUCAGGAAGCUGGGCGAGAGAAAUGGAUCCUCCCUGGCCAAAAUCUACAGCGAGGCUAAGAAGGUGUCCUGGUUUGACCAGCAGAAUGGACGCACAUACCUCAAGUACUCCAUCAAGGCUCUGGUCCAGAAUGACACCUUGCUCCAGGUCAAUGGAAUUGGGGCCAAUGGAUCCUUUAGGCUCAACAAGAAGAAGCUGGAGGGUCUUCCCGCUGAGAAGAAGGUUGCGCCCGCUAAACCAGCAGCCAAGAAGAAGGCAGCGCCUGUCAGCACUCCUAAAAAGAGCCACAAGAAGGCAAAGUCUAAGCCCAAACCCAAAAAGGAGACUCCCAAAAAGGCAGCCAGCAGCCCUAAACCUGCAGCUAAGAGCUCUAAGAAGAAGGCAGCUAGUGGUGGGAGCAAGAAGGUGAAGAAGACUGCAAAGCCUAGUGUCCCCAAGGUCCCUAAAUCUAAAAAGGCAUGA